GAAGGAGAAGGAGAAGAAGGAAAAUGAAAUGAAGAAAAAAUUCAAGAUCACAGGAGAGGAAGAGGCGCUGUAUCAAGCUAAGGUGAGGGAGACCUUUAAAGGCCGCAAGGAUGACCUGGCCGUAAAAGCUGGAGAGACUGUCAGCGUUAUCCGCACCACGGACUGCCCUAAAGGAAAAUGGCUGGCCAGGGAUAGCAACAACAAAUACGGGUAUAUCUUAGUGAAGAGUGUGGACCUGGAUAUUCAGGAGAUGAUGGAGCUGGGAAAGAGAUCUAAAACAUCCAGCACGCCUAACAGCAAUGGGUUCAUAGACCCUGAGGUCACCAGCACAGGCAGCAGAUCCUCACACCCUUACGCUAUGCACCAAGAGAGCUAUGACAGUGAGGAAUGGUGUGAUGAUGAUGAUGAUACAGUAUUUACUCCAACUGACGACAUAGAUCUACAACUGAAUCACAGAGUGUCUUCUCUGGAUGUGGUGAGACAAGAGCCAGUUCUGCAAGGACAGAUUGACGCAAAUGAUAAUGUUCAAACAAGACAGGAAGCACUUCAGAAACUGGCUAGCUUCUUUGCUCAGCCUAAAACGCCUGAUCAUGCUACACUGAAAAGGAACACAAUAAUUGAAGAAGCAGAGCCAGAGGAAGCAGUAAGCGAAGAUAAACAGGAUGUAGAUCUGCAGAUACUUCCUCCCCCGGACCUGUACGCAGACAUCGUCGUUGGGGAAUCUUAGGUCAUCUACUGCAAUUGAUCCACAGUGGAUGUUUUGCGAGGGUGCACCAAGAGUUUGCACCCAUCAGGACCAGCCAUUAAUGACUUCGUCAACAAAUUACUCAUGUAUGGUUUGCAGUGUCUGAAGGAGCAUUGUGAAAAAACUCCACUGGAACUCUUGCCCCCAACUGCUCUGAAAGAAUGUUGCGAGGUGUGUAGAAACAUGAUAUGUGGAUAUGCGCCUGGUGUACGCGUGGUUAAAGGCAGGACUUCCUUUAAUUGCUGUUUUAUGUAAGAAGAGCUUUGUGUGCUGAAGUAUAAAUUGCUGGUGGCAUGACGUUAUCACUUCCUUUCCUUCACUUGGGCGUUUUCACUUGUGUCACGCUGUCCUGAGUGGAUUUAAUUUGGAUAUGGUUAUUUCAGCUGAAGUAUAUUAUCCGUUCUUGUUUCUAAGACUUAUUAUCCUGAACCAUUUUCAGUUUAUUUUCUUGGUUUAUUUUGUUAGCUACUUUGCGAGCGCAAGACUCGAUUGAAGUAUUCCCAGCACACAGUUCUUACAGAGGAUACUCACUGCUGGGGGAAAGCUGAGUUGAUUGAGCUUUGAUAGUAUUACAAUCAUUUUCAAAUCUCCAUUUAUGUAUUACGUUAUUAAAUCCAUGUGGUGUUAUGUUAAAUGUCUGAAGUGCUUUAAUGGUCCCGUUUGAAUGAAUUUUGGAUGUCUGUUAUGAAGAAUGUAGGUGGAUUCCCAAAAGUACUAUUUUUCUGUGGAACAUCCCUCCAGUGCACAGUUGGUGGACGAAUAGAUUUGGUAACUAGCUGAUGGGUUCAAUCUAAAAAGCGCAUUUCAGAGGGACCCCAGGACUGGAAAGUGUUUUUUUCUAAAUGUUACCAAGAGUUGAGACUAGGGCUGAACAGCUUGGGUUUAUAUUUUGAUGUCAUAUCAAUAUAUGAAGGAAAAAUUUUAUUUUUAUUAGCAUGUGUUAUGAUAUGCAAAUUGAUAUUAUUCUUUCUGAUAUGGAGGUUGCAAGACAAUACACGCUGUGAAUCACAUAUGGAAAUUGAAUAGUUUCCACUGUUCUAUUAAAAACACUCCAUGAUAUUUGUGAAAUAGCCAUGCAAGUAAGAAAAGAACUCCCUUGUGCUGCACUCAAAACCUUUUAAACCAAAUUUAUUUGUCUUCUAAGAAAAUGUAUUAAUUAAUACUGUCACCACAUGCUGCAGUCAUGUUUUGGCAGUUGGACUUUGAACAAGAAUAGAGUCAUAUGCAAAGGUUUGGACACUCCUGGUUCAAUUACAUGUUUUGUUGACGUUCUAAGUAAAAGUAAGCCAACACGUCCAAUCUCACUGUUGUUGGGACAAAACCUCAUCUCCAAAAUGAGAACUUUACAGGAAAAGGAAAAAAAACUACUUUUAAUGUAAGUCCAUAGAACCAGAUUUUUUUCCAAGUCAUUUUUGGCCAUUUCUUUUGGUCUAUUUAUCAUGAAAUUUGCAGAAAAGCGUGUGAUAUUCCCUGUACAGAUGUAUUUCCACAAAAAAAAAAUACAAAACAAGUCAUUUGACCAGGGGUUCUUGAACUUACAUACCACUAUCUAAGCAACAUGACUGUCAUUUCUUUUUAUUUUUUUCUAUAAUAUAUAUUGUAUUAUGGUGCAAAAACCACACUACCUAUCACAUAGUGAAAUUUGUUGAUCAUUAGAACCCUAAAUUCAUAAAUUCUUUGAUAUAUUACAG